CCAGAGAAUCUCUCAUCAGUUGUAUGUCGAAAAUCUCGCGGUAAGCAUUGCUCUGUGCCGAUCCGCGGAAAAGCAUAAAAGUCACUCAAAAAUAAAAUACAAAAAGCCAAAAACUCAUAAAACACCCGCCAGCCAACCGAAGGAGAUGAAUCGAACUGCGCUGUCCACUGGCAGCACCAGCCGCAGACUUCCGGCUCUCUUGUUUGUCCUGCUGCUCGGCCUGGUGGCCCAGACCACCGGUCGUCCUUCGCCGGAGGACGAGAGCGACUUGGCCAUCAUACCGCCGGAUACAGACAAUGUGGAGAUCCACAAAGUAAAGUUCGUGAAUGGUGUCAUGCAGAAGGAUCACCCGGUGAUCAUGUACAAGGAGGACUUUGUCAGUGAGGAUUAUGAUCCCACUAAGAACGAGUCAAAUCCUGUUCGCCACAAGAAGCACAAGCUAACGCAUCAUCAUCGUGUGGAGCCACAGCAGGAGAACGACGGGGACCCGAUCCUUUUCGACAUCCUGCCCGACAAGCCGAUCGUGCUGGAGGAAGACCUUAAAGCUCCACUGGUCACUUCCAUCGAAGUCGCCGAACUGGCGGGACCCGUCAAGAAAGAGGCAAUAGCGAAGCAUCCCAAGAAGUACCACAGUCGCCAGCGACGACAGACCUAUGGACAAUAUCAAAAUGAACUUGUCCUCCAAUAUUACUAUGCCAAACCCCAAAAACAAGAGGUGCCAGUUUUAGUCUAUUAUAAGCGGCUUCCGGUGGCGGGUAAACCAGCCGUUCUGUCGGGACCACUACCUAAUCGUUAUAAUCCGAACCCACCUUUCAUUGAAAAUAGAGGUGAAUUUGACUUGAUACACGAAUCAGAUCCAGCACAGGCCGAUUUUACCAUAUAUAACACUACCAGGACCACGCGACCUCCAGUGACCACAAGGCCGCCGCCCUUCCCGCCCGCUGGGAGACCUAUUGCGGUAGAUCCCAUCCGGAGGCCCCAACAGACGGGGGCCCCCCCGUUGGCCGCCACUGAGCCCAAGGUCAGCAAGUGCGUAUGGGCGAUCGUGAACUGCUGCACCAGCGAUAGCAAGAAGAUCCGGUACAACUGCUUCGAGACGUUCGGCUGCCAUGGCGCCUUUUGGGGCAUCAACCCGUGUGCCGAUGAAGAUGUGAAGCAAGACGAUCUGGUGCCCUUAGCCGGUUUCUCGCCCCCCGGAUUCCCCCAAUCCGAAUCCCAACCAGCACCAGCACCAGCCCCAUCCUCAGUCUCUGCCCCCGACGUCCGUUCUCCAGGACAGAUGGUUUCCAUUUUCCACAGGACCACGGCUACCAGGAAAAUAGCACUUGCCAGCGGGCCUCGAAACUCUGCUGCUCCCAGAGAAAUAUUGGAUCCCAGUACGAGUGCUUCCACCACCACGGCUGCAACGAGAGCAUCUCGACCAUUAUAUCCACCUGCUCCUAGGAUGCGCAGGAUAAGUCCCAAUAAGUCCAUAUAUGCACUGCAAAUCUGUCUGUGACACGAGCCUCGCGUUUCAAAAGCCCCAUUUGCACCUUUAAGUUUCCCAAAUUACUAGCGGAACACAACACAUAUAAUAUACAUAUAAUUUCUAGUCGGCUUUGCCAGUGGGGCUAGCCCUAAUCAAUAAAGAUUUUGCUGUUUCAAACUAA